GUGCGUGGUGUGUGGGUUUGUUUUUGCCCGGAGCUCAGAGAGAGAGAGAGUGAGAGUGAGGGAGUUAGCGGUGGACUUUCUCUUACUCCGGCGGAAUUUGGGGAUUUUUUGGGGGCGACGUUUUCGAGAAUCGUCCAUCCUCUGAAACCUGUUUAUUACUGGACACGGAAAAAGCCGCUGGUUCUCGCUGCUGUGUGUUUUAAGCCUGUGUGUAGGGUAACUGAGCUAGCUCGUGUUUAGCCUGUGUGUGUUAGCUAAGCUAACUGUAGCUGUCAUGGAGCAGAAGAAGCAGUAGAGCUGUUCAGAUCCUCCACAGACUGACCGAGACAGAGCCAGCCCUCUCCUCACUUCAGGGGGAUAACAUGGACUGUAGUGCGCUGGAGCUCGACGCUGUGAACUUCGCCAAAUCAGCGGUGAUUCACGACCAGAGAGGGAAAUACAAUGAAGCGAUUUUCUUUUACAAGGAGGCAGCCCAAGCACUCAUCUAUGCUGGCAUGGCUGGGUCUAAACUGGAUAACAUCCAGGGAAAAGUGAACGAGUACCUGGAACGAGUACAGACUCUACUCAGUGCUGUUCAAGCACAGAGCAGUGACCCGUUAAAGACCAAGCAUCAGCUGGACCUCGAGCGGGCAUACUUCCUGGUGACCCAGGCCUUUGAGGAGGAUGAGAAAGGCAACAGUGACGAAGCCAUAGAGCUCUACUCACAGGCUGUAGAGCUGUGCAUACAAGCAGCCAACGAGACCUCAGAUCCAGCACUACAGGGCAAACUGAAGCAGUUGGCUCGCCAAGCACUAGACAGGGCAGAGGGACUGAAAGACUCCCUUUCUAAAUCCCAGGAAAAGCCCAUCGCCUCCACUCCCAAAGCCCCUGCUCCAGUGAGGCAGUACCUGCCCCUGGGUCCGGACUUCUCACUUAAUGACAAGCCACAGCCUGUCCGAGCUGUACAGUCCAGUGAGCCGCAGGGUCAGCGCUACACACCUGAAGAGAUAGAGGUGCUCAGGAAGACCUCCAAGAUAAAUGGAAUUGAGUAUGUGCCAUUUAUGAAUGUCGACCUGAGAGAACGGUUUGCUUUUCCUGUUCCAUUCUCGGACAGGUGUGGAAAGCUGGCCCUGUCCCCAAAACAGACUGCAAUCUUCUCUCGCUGGGUCCGACCUGACGACAUCUCCAACAACCCCAUCAUGAUUUUUACUGUGUCCAGCUUCAGCAUCAAGCAGACGGUUGUAUCAGACUGUUCUUUCGUCGCCUCUUUGGCCAUUAGUGCUGCAUAUGAGAGGCGCUUCAACAAGAAGUUAAUCACCAGCGUCAUUUACCCACAGAAUAGGAGGGGAGAGCCAGAGUAUAAUCCAUGUGGAAAAUACAUGGUAAAGCUUCACAUCAAUGGAGUCCCUAGAAAGGUGAUCAUUGAUGAUUUCCUCCCAGUGGAUCGCAAUGGUGAGCUGCUCUGCUCCUAUUCAAGUAACCGGAACGAGUUAUGGGUUUCUCUCAUAGAGAAGGCCUACAUGAAGGUGAUGGGUGGAUAUGAUUUCCCUGGCUCCAAUUCGAAUAUUGAUCUCCAUGCGCUGACUGGCUGGAUUCCAGAGCGCAUUGCAAUGCACUCAGACAAUCAGUCCUUCAGCAAGGACGACACCUUCCGCAUGCUUUACCAAAGGUUUCACAGAGGAGACGUCCUCAUAACAACAGCGACAGGAGUGAUGACAGAGGAGGAAGGAGAGAAGUGGGGCUUAGUGCCCACACAUGCCUACGCUGUGCUAGACAUCAGGGAAUACAAGGGUAAGCGCUUCCUGCAGCUGAAAAACCCUUGGAGCCAUCUCAGGUGGAAGGGCCGUUACAGUGAGCGCGAUGAGAAGAACUGGACUCCUGAUCUACUGAAGUACCUCAACUUUGACCCCAAAACUGCACAGAAGUUUGAUAACGGUGUGUUCUGGAUCAUCUGGGAGGACUUGUGCCAAUACUAUGAUGUCAUCUACCUGAGCUGGAAUCCCAGUCUGUUUAAAGAGUCUUCCUGCAUACACAGUAGCUGGGAUGGAAAACAGGGCCCAGUGAAAGAUGCCUAUAGCUUGGCCAACAACCCUCAGUACAAGUUGGAAGUGCAGUGUCCACAAGGGGGUGCUGCAGUGUGGGUGCUGCUAACGAGACACAUCACUGACAAGGAUGACUUUGCUCAGAACCGAGAGUUCAUCACUUUAGUUGUUUACAAGACUGAUGGGAAGAAAGUCUAUUAUCCAGCUGAUCCUCCACCUUAUAUUGAUGGAAUUAGAAUCAACAGCCCACAUUACCUGACCAAGAUCAAGCUGACCAGUCCAGGAACUCACACGUUUACACUGGUGGUGUCUCAGUAUGAAAAGCAAAAUACCAUCGACUACACACUAAGGGUCUACUCAGUGUGCAAAUUCAAUUUUGGCAAAAUUCCAACACCCUUUACCUACACCAAAAGGAUAAAUGGCCAGUGGAAAGGGAUCACAGCAGGAGGCUGUGGGAACUACAGGGACUCGUACAAGCAUAACCCCAGCUACCAGUUCAGCCUGGAGAAAUCAGGACCUCUACUCAUCGAGCUCCGAGGCUCACGGCAAUACAGUGUGGGCUUUGAGGUUAUACCUGUGUCCAGUGCAGGAGAACAAGCUGUCCAGAAGAAGGCCAGUGGAGAUUACAGAUGUGGCUUCUGCUGUUUGGAGAUGGACCACCUUCCUGCAGGCACUUACAGGGUCAUUCCCACCACCUUCCUGCCUAAACAGGAAGGUCCCUUCUUCCUAGAUUUCAGCAGUGCCACUCCUCUUCGUGUGUCCCCCAGUCCCAAAACAGAUCAAUAACCUACUGCAGCACGGCAGCGCCUUCUCGCAUCAGUGCUGCAGUGUGUGUCCCUCUACCCGCUUCGUUCAAUCUGACUAUUGCAGUGCUUCCCACUCCAACAGACUGUCACACCCUGAUUGCCUGGCAGCGCAUGGUUCUUGCUACGUUUGGUCAGCUUUUGGAUCCGUGAGAGGCACACACUGCUUCAAAAUCUACAAACUGAUGACGCUGGUGCAUGAACAUCUUAUCCGUAUCAUUUUUCUUUGAUGAUCUUUUUUCACUCAGGAGACUGCAAUAAACUGUUAAACUUUACAGUGCUGUAUAUUACAGGAACAUUCCUGUUGGGUACAUAGUUGGCAAUGUAGCUUUUCUAAGGGCUCUUCUGACGAUAAAUGAAGUAAAGAUGACUUCAGGUGUGGCAAUAGACACUGGUGUCUGAAUCUUAGCACUCUCAUCUAGAAGGCAUCACGUAGAAUGUCUCAAAGGACACCGAUUGCUUUUGUUUUUGAUAAGCUUCAGCAUUUUGACUGUAUUUUUCUGUAUUUUUAAGUUUUCAGGUGCUCUUUUUGUGAUGACACAUCAAUCCAAAGUGGUUUUGUUGGCUUCUUAAAACAAACAGGAAUAUAAUGAAUUGCUGCAAAUCCAACACAUACAGUUCUGGAAAAAUUUAAGAGACCACUUCAUUUUCUGACUCAGUUUCUCUGAUUUCGCUCUUUAUAGAUAGAUUUUUUAGUAAAAUAAACAUUGUUGUUUUAUUCUAUAAACUAUGAACAACAUUUCUCCCUUAGUCCAAAUAAAAAAUAUUGUCAUUUGGAUCAUUUAUUUGCAGAAAAAUAGAAAUGGCUGAAAUAACAAUAAAUAUGCAGAGCUGUCAGACCUUAAAUAAUGAAAAGAAAACAAGUUCAUAUUCAUAAAGUUGUAAGAGUUUAGAAAUUAAUAUUUGGUGCAGUAACUUUUAUGCAUCUUUACUUGCUGUGCAACUCCUGGUCUCCUCUUGAUUAUAUUCCAGACAUUUUUAGUGGUCUCUUAAUUUUUUCCAGAGCUCUAUGCCUCCAGUGUCCAGCACCUCUAAAGUAGGCCUGUCACAAUAAUUACUUUACAUACAAUACCAGUGGACACAACCUCAAUCGUAUUGGCCAGCCCUGAAAUUAUUGCCCAGCUGUGUUAACUAUGGAUUUUAUGCCAUUCGACUGUUCUGUUCUUUCAACUGCUCUCUGACGGAGGAGUUAUCAAUGACUGACUGACUGCCACAUGCGUGAACCACAGAUAACCUAUCAAAGUUUAUCUACAAUAGUGAGGCCCAAUCCCAUUUCACACCUUGGCCCUACCACUUACCCCUACACCUUCUUUUUCGAGUGUAACCCUUUCCUUGGAGCAGAGUUAGAAGAGGAAGGGGUAAAAUCCUCCCCCUAAGAAUUGGGACAACCUUUUAAGCACCUGAUACGUCUAAAGUUCAGUAACCUAGCUGCUGCUGGUUAAUUAGUUAACUUUAGGACUCUGUGUGUCUUUAGAAAGGGGGAAGAUGGUGCAGAAAUUAAUUAUUAUUGUCCAUUUCUUAAUGCAUCUGUGAUAGGGAGCUGAAAAUAGCUUUGAUUAGCUUUUAUUUUUUAUCUUAUUUUUCUGUUUCGCCAUAAAUGCUGCAGCCCCUGCCUUCUGUUGCACCAUUUAAGGUGGAACAGGAAAGUUAGCUAGCAAACUACGGAGAUAAACUACUAUCAAUCUUUUUUUAUGUUAUGUUAUGAAGAAAUCAGCCAUAAAACAUUGAAACUACACAUUAAACUAUAUUAAUAUAGUGUUAAUCAUUACUAUUAUUAGGGAAAAUACUUAUAUUUGUGGGUUUCUUUGGCUGCUUGUUCUGCCAUCUUACCAGGAAUUCUCAUAACUCUCGGUUUGAAGUGUUCCUCUGAAAAAUCUCUGUAUGAAGGACUAACAAAGCCCUAUCCCUUCCCCCCCUACCCCUCCAGCCUAACAAGAAUUGGGACACCCCUAACCCUUGACAUGGCGCACUAAACAGAGGGGUAGGGGUAAUUGGUAGGGUCAAGGGAAAUCGGGCCUAAUAGUAUAAUGCAGUUUUACUGCUGCUGUAGUCUUUAUUUGUUGUAUUUAUAUUGGAUAAACAUUAUUUUAUUUAUUUAUUUUUUUUCAAUUUCAGUGUCUGACUAUUCGUAAUGAACUAUUUCAACAUUUCAUUGCACUUUAAAAGUGUCAUUGCAUUAUUAUGCUGUUGUAUUACCAUUAUUUUUCGACCAUCAUGGUCUUAAAAUUACAAAAUUAUAGUUUAUCACAACUGUAAUUUAUCACAACCGUACACAAGUCUGGUGAUGCCGCUGACCAGUGCAAAGCAUCUGUGUCUUCAAAGCAAGCUCUUUAGAGGGCGGCAGUAUGUGGAUGAGCAUUGUCCUGUUGGAAUAGCACACUGGAGAUGAUCCGGCACCAUAUGAAAUAAAGAUACUUCAUUCUGCCAUUCUGAAUCACUCCAUGAUAGUCUGGCACAACUAGCCUCCAUUUAUGAUUUCUGUCAGUUAAUUCCUCCUGGGUAUAUCUAUUUUUUGCUGAUCAGUGAAUCAUCCCAAACAAAAAGUUAUUGUGACAGGCUUACUUUUUAGGUCUUCUUUAUGUGGAUCAGAUUUGGUGGAACUAAACACUUGUGAAGGUCUAGAUCUCCAGGAGCAGGGUUGGCCACCCCUGCUUUAGAUGAUUGGAUCACUGGGAUGUUUCCAGUGGGAUACAUUUCCAUCUGAUUUUUAACCCAAUUAUAUAAUGCACCUUGUUUUUAACACGUCCUAUUAUCAUCUUUCAUCAACUCAGAUAUUCUGUAUUUAUUUUCAGUUCAAUUAAAAGAAAGAGGGAAAAAACAUUAACAUACA